AUGCCUUUUUCUACAGAGCCCAUACAAUGUUCCGACAGGGAAAACAGAGAAAUAGGACGUUACAGAACUUUGGGCGAUGCCAGCGCAGGUAGGAUCAGCAUGAUUUAUUUCAAGGCUGGUGGCGAUGUGGAAUUUUAUUUCAUUUGACUGGGACCUUCAACUGUUUCGUCGGCUUUCGGAAGUGUAAUAAAACAGAAUAUGAGACUUUCCCUUGCUUGUUUAAUAGAACUCAAUCAUAAACCUGAAAUAGAACUCAGAUGCUAGACAGAAUAUUAAACUACUAAAUACUAAAAUGUUCACAGCUCAAUUAUACUGCUUGUAAAAUGUAGCUACGACAAUCAUAUAGUAAAAUAUUUUUGGACUGUAUAUAUAUGACCUUGCUCAGAAAGAGUUUGAUUGUAUCCCACAGACAAUUGAACAUAUGUAAGGCUUUUAUACUCCCACCUUGUUUUUGUUACAAACGUUUUGUUAGAGUUACUUAUUAUAAAUGCGUGGUCGUUUCACAUUUGACAAGGCAGUGUUCAAAGUUUACUUCAGUCUGCUCUGAAACAUUUCUUAAAUAGAGCAGAAGAAUACGCUUGGAGGUCAUACUGGGAUAGAUUUUACAGUUUGCUACGACUGUAAACUUCUCGAGAUUUGAGAUGAGCCAAAUUAAAAAUUAAACGCUGCAAUAUUUUGAAAGUAUUGAAUGUACUUAGGACCCGACCGGACAGAGAAAAGGAAUGUUAAUUCACCCGGAAUGCAUAUAGAUCAAUGCCUUUAUCUCUGGCUCAAGGGACACUAUUUUUUUAAAGCUACAACACUUUUCUUAAUUUUCCUAGAAAAAGNUUUACUGAAGAGGAACUCAGGCUUUUGUGCUCAUGUUGGCCGCGCGGAUGCACCACCAGUCUUACCAAACACGAAAUUUUUUCAAACAUCUAUUCCAGCUGCUAUAGCCGAUAGUUAAACCAAUGCCUUUUUCUACAGAGCCCAUACAAUGUUCCGACAGGGAAAACAGAGAAAUAGGACGUUACAGAACUUUGGGCGAUGCCAGCGCAGGUAGGAUCAGCAUGAUUUAUUUCAAGGCUGGUGGCGAUGUGGAAUUUUAUUUCAUUUGACUGGGACCUUCAACUGUUUCGUCGGCUUUCGGAAGUGUAAUAAAACAGAAUAUGAGACUUUCCCUUGCUUGUUUAAUAGAACUCAAUCAUAAACCUGAAAUAGAACUCAGAUGCUAGACAGAAUAUUAAACUACUAAAUACUAAAAUGUUCACAGCUCAAUUAUACUGCUUGUAAAAUGUAGCUACGACAAUCAUAUAGUAAAAUAUUUUUGGACUGUAUAUAUAUGACCUUGCUCAGAAAGAGUUUGAUUGUAUCCCACAGACAAUUGAACAUAUGUAAGGCUUUUAUACUCCCACCUUGUUUUUGUUACAAACGUUUUGUUAGAGUUACUUAUUAUAAAUGCGUGGUCGUUUCACAUUUGACAAGGCAGUGUUCAAAGUUUACUUCAGUCUGCUCUGAAACAUUUCUUAAAUAGAGCAGAAGAAUACGCUUGGAGGUCAUACUGGGAUAGAUUUUACAGUUUGCUACGACUGUAAACUUCUCGAGAUUUGAGAUGAGCCAAAUUAAAAAUUAAACGCUGCAAUAUUUUGAAAGUAUUGAAUGUACUUAGGACCCGACCGGACAGAGAAAAGGAAUGUUAAUUCACCCGGAAUGCAUAUAGAUCAAUGCCUUUAUCUCUGGCUCAAGGGACACUAUUUUUUUAAAGCUACAACACUUUUCUUAAUUUUCCUAGAAAAAGUAAAUGAUCGGUUCAAAUGACUUUGACUCACUUUAAAGAAAAUUCUUUUCUGAAUUGAGACAUAACAGGAAGUACGUCUUUUACAUCCAUUUUUCAGGUUUUAACUUUCACAAUGAACGCGCACCCAAUCGGCUGAUCAUUCGUUAUGCAGGCUGAUAUCGUUGACUGAUAAGCAAAGCUGGUGCUUCAGCUAGUCAAAAAGAGUACAUGCGCGCUUGUUAUAGUAGUAAUCUACUGGCCACAGGCUCUAUCAGUUCUUAGUAGAAUUCGCCUGGCGCUCGGCUCCUCCUCCCCACACUAGCUCACUACUGAAAAUCAAGAUGGGCGGCUUCUUCCAUUUUUUAUCUGUUCUCUAAAGGAUAUAUUUACGUGCAAGGAUGGCAUGUCGACGCCUCUUCUGUAAUACUCGUGGAUUCAAUGAAGCGAAACUUCUUGGUGAACUAAAAUGUACGUAAAAUUCAGUAAUUCUUCAAAUAGUGAUACAAGCCAUGCUUGUGGCGUCAGGGAUAAAUCACUCCUGAAAAAUUCGAAAUGAACGCGACGAAAACGUACAACUAAAACGGUUGGCAAAAUGUGAGAAACUUCAUUCUCAGUUGAUCUUUAGCCUACAGUAGUGCCGAGAAUGAAACGACUGCGAAGGCUUUCAUUUCCUGUCACUUAAGGCCGGCAGUUCGUCUAGAAACUUUACUUCUAAGUAAGGGGCAUGAAACAGGCUAUUCAGGUAUAUAUAGGCUUAAAACGCAACCAAGUUAAAUUAACCCUUCCUGUCCAUUACACAUAUAAUAAGUUGCCUCGUACCGUACCAUCAAACGUACUUCUGUCACUGAUUGAAUCCGAGUUCCCAGUGGACUAGAUUUCAGCGCGCGAUGCCGGAGCUCAGCUCCAAAAAGAACUUCAAGUAACGAACUGUUAACUAACAGACCCCAUUUCACAUGGCUGAAUUAAAGUGAGGACAUCUAGACUUACACGCAAGAAUAGCACAAUGGUAAGGCUGUUUAUCUACUCAGAAAGUUACAUUAAAUAAAUUGGGGCGAAAAAAAAACCCUGAGCAACAACAAAUCUACGAUGCUGCAAAAAUCUACAAUGCUACUAAAAAACCAAGUGUUUGCAAAGUCUUUAUAGGCUCAAAAUACAUUGUCAUUCAUGUAUCUCUGUUUUCUUAAAGUGUAAAGUUAAGCAUAAGAAGACCGAAGUUAUAGUUCUCUAGUUGUGUUAAUAUUUAUGUUGUGCUAAGCACUGAACUUUUCUUUCACUUACCACUUUAAACCCUUGUAACUAAUCAACAAAAAAGAGUCAGUAGACUUGUUUUUUUCUUUAUGGCCAUUAAUACACACAAGAGACUAUAAAGGGGACAGAGAGGGCAUCCCCCAUAUACACCCUAUUCCAUAGGUAAUUUGUCUCGAGUUAUUUUUAACACCACAGAUCUCAAGGGGGAUUAGACAACAGCCAAUCACAUAGCGCGAAUGUGUUCCGCGUGGAUGACCCACGCUGAGAGCCACGCGUCCUUCACGAAAUGACGCAGAACAAAAUGGGGAAGACGCGGAGAGCGAUUUUGCUAUUCCUUUUGUCGACAAAAACGACUACAGCGAGAUUUCUGCGAAAGCUGUGUCAGCGAAACCGAAAUUAAAAAAGAAUCGCUCUUCCUCUCUUGUAUAGAGCUAACAGUAGAGCAGGGAAAUCCUUAACACCCUGAAUAUUCUCUCAGGAUCAUUUAUAAUUUACAGUUUGAAGAGAGCAAUUUCUGGUUUGAUGUUUAUUUUUUUCAGUCUUUAUAGCGAUUAUUCCUACCCACUAACUUUGUCAAUUGUAGGCGAACCCUCCUAAAGCUGAAUUUCAAGGAACCAUAUUCAAGCAUAGAAAGAGAAAUAAAAUUUCGUCGUUGCUUAUUCACGUCCUCCAUAAAACGCGAAAUUAGGCAUUUUCACGUCGUAGUCGUGCAAAAACGGGAAAGAAAUGAACAAAAAAGUGUGUUGCACGUGCGAAGUUGUUGUUUUGCUAAUUAAACCUAUUGUUUUUUUGACGUUCUAGUUGUCGUCCGCGUCGUUAGAUCUUAAACUCCCUAAAUUGUACAAAAGACCGGUUUCAAUAGACCGGCGAAAUUUCUCAUUUUAUUAAAGCACUGAGGUUACGACAACUUCGAGUUAAACUGAUUUCACGGGUUGUCAAAGAGUCCAGCGAUUCCUUUUUCCCAGGUGAGCGCCGACUCAUUUCGCUUCAAUAUUCAGGAAUGCUCUCGAUCUUUUUACGCUUUCAUUGCCUCUCGCCCGACAUGUUUUGCACGGCGUUUGGUCAUGCGAAACCUCCACGAAACAUCCACGCCUCGCGCGAGGUAACUUUAUCCCGAUUCUAAAAAUAACUCGAGACGAAUUACCUAUGCGAUAGGGUGUAUAUGGGGGAUGUCCUCUCUGUCCCCUUUAUAGUCUCUUGAUACACAGCGUGCGAACUUCUUUAGGAGUAGUACACUUGAUUCAAUGAUCCAAACCGCAGUUAAAAUUAACGCAGCCUUUUGUUGUGCAGAUGCUCAAAUUGAGUCUUACCAAAACGAAAUUUUGAUCAAGCAUCUAGAUUCCAGCUGUUAACCAAAAGUUUGCCUUUUGAAUUUUUUGUGUACAGACCCUGUUCAGUGUUCUGAGGCCGGGGAUCAAGAGAGGAACGAAGAAAUGGAACGGCUCACUCUUAGCGUAGGCAGGACAGUGAUUAGCAUUUAUUUCAAGGCGGCUGAGUGUCAGGGUGGCGAUGAAGUGGAAUUAUACAUCAUGUAA